AUGGACGAGGUCUCGUCGGUGUCGAUUACACAACCACUCAAAGGCUUAUCUAGGGAAGCAUUCCGUAUCAACUUCCGUCGUCAUGCAUUUCAAAUACUUAAUAGAGGAUUGUUCUGGUUUGGUCCUGCGCUUUACUUAUUAGGACUUGUGCUUCUGCUUCUUCUGCCUCUUCAACUGCCAUCCACCUGGCCACAGCUGCAUCAUAGAGCAGAGAUUGAUGAAAAGGCAUUGCUGGUUGGUCAAGUCAAUCGCUAUUUCUAUCAUGCAGAUGUAGAUCAGUCGUUCCAUUCCGAGUUUGGAAUGCAACUGUUUCAACAAAAUAUUACACUGUUGGAACAGGCAACUCUUAUCCAAGAUGAGCUUGAUAAGCUUGGGCUCGACACUUUUAUUCAAUACUUUCAUUAUCCAGCCAAUGAUGAGUUGGUAAAAGGAUAUAACAUACAUGGUGUUUUACGAGCACCUCGUGGAGAUGGAACGGAAGCCAUGGUAUUGACGGCCCCACUAACUCUUGCGGACAAUGCAUUCAACGCCAACGGUAUUCGAUAUCUGUUACAAUUGGCCAAAUUCCUGAAAAAGUAUUCGUUUUGGUCAAAGGAUAUCAUUAUACUGGUUACCACAAACAAUGCUUAUGGAACCUACUCUUGGCUACAAGCGUAUCAUGGGUUUAAACCGGAUGUUAAACAAGGUCUUAUAUUUGAUUCGCUUGACACACACGCCGGUUCUAUUCAAUCUGCCAUUAGUUUGGAAUUUCCUGGUACAGAGGAUUACACUAGUAUUGGAAUUUUCCCUGAAGGAAUCAAUGGGCUCCUUCCCAAUGCAGAUUUGGUUACAACAAUUAUUUUAAGUAUUUCUGAUCCAUAUUACGGAUCUCCUCUUGAGUUGCAUCAUGGUGAUCAUAAGACAGUCGGCUAUAGUAUGACUGACCAGUAUUUGGCUUGCAUUAAGCGUCUAUGGCGUUUUAUUGGCUACCAAGCGUCUUGCAUGCCCAAGGCUAGUCACGCUCUUUUCCUCCAAUACAAAAUUGAAGCAAUUACUUUACGAGGACUUGUUAUUCCUGGGUUUUCACAGUCUGUGGGUGCGAUUCAAGUUGGACAGAUACUAGAAAAUGCUUUGCGCAGCUUUAAUAAUCUCUUGGAAAAACUGCAUCAUUCAUAUUGGUUUUAUUUCAUGCCAACAGCAUCCGAAUUUAUUCCUAUAUCCGUGUAUAUUGCCCCAGUUGCUAUUUUAGCAUCAUCCAUCAUCAUUUUCUCCAUUGGGAAAUGGUGGGAAACACCUUUUGCCUUGAUUGCAUCAAAAAACUUGAAAAUAGACCAAUCUGCUAGCUCUAUAUAUGUUCAUCGUGUACUUGGAGUCACAUCGUUUACUCAUUUUGUUCGCCCAAUGUUUUUACCGCUUCUUACUCUUGCUACCAGCUUUGGUGCUUGUAGUUGGAUGAUGGUCAACAUUGAAACAAUAACAUAUAUUUCAGCCAUGCGUACUGAUUUAUUUGCUUUGGUUGAAACAACCAUUAUUGGGCUACAGAUUUUUCUUGUCUACUACAUCAUGCCUUUUGUUCAUCGCCUUGCUUAUGGAUCUGGAGCUUCAACUAAAACCUCGGUUCCAGCAUGGAAAAUUGUGAGAUUGUGUUGCUGCUGCGUGCUUGGAGUAUUUUUAUUUAUGUUGGCUGGCAUCAAUCCAAGUCUUUGUAUUCUAGUUGCACUUCCUUAUGUACCAGUGUUUUUGUUUAUUCGUCCUACAACGAGCAAAGUAUUAAGGAUUGCUCAGAUUGUCUUGCUUAAUCUGCUUUCUCCACCAGGAUAUCUUUUACUUGCCUGUUUUCUGUAUGGUGAUACGGCAGUCGUGGCACAGGCAGUGAAGGAUGCAGUUUUUGACUGGCAUUUUUUCGGUAGUCAAUUGGUCCCCUUUGUUUGUUUGCUCAUCUGGCCACUCAAUCUAACAGCUCAAACACUUGUGGAAAUGGAAACAUGACCCAAUACAUGGAUUGAUUGCAUUUUUUGUUUCAUCUCGUCAUACAGAUCUCUUGAUUUUUACAUGGGUUUAGUCCAAGAUGAUGUUGUGGAUAGAAUACGCAAUCAAUAAAUCAUAACCGAUCCUACACGU